AAACCAAUUUGCGGAUGCGUCGACUAUAAAUCAGCCUUCAGAGUGACACUUUCAGUAAAGUAAACAGCAAACAAUACUACACAGCAGAGACAGUAAGGAUGAAAGUCCGUCAAUUUGUAUAUGUCGGAGAGUUUUUACUUCUCAAUAUAGCAGGAGCACUGUGUCAAUUAGACGUAUGUGGCCAGGCGCCUUUAAACAACAAUAAUGGUGGAGACGAUGUCGUUGCAGGCUCUUGGCCCUGGCAGGCGAGCAUUCAUAGAAUUUCCCCUGAAGAUCACAUCUGUGGCGGGAGUUUAAUCAAUAAGGACUGGGUUUUAUCUGCAGCUCACUGCUUCAUGAUCACCGCUACAGCAAAUAUAAAAAUCUAUCUGGGACGUCAGUUCCAAACAGGCUCAAACCCGAAUGAGAUAUCCAGGACAUUGACUAAGAUCGUCAUUCAUCCUGACUAUAGCACAACUACUCAAAACAAUGACAUAGCACUGCUCAGACUGAGCUCUUCUGUCACGUUCACGGAUUACAUUAGGCCAGUGUGUCUGGCCAGUGCUGACAGUGUGUUUGCUGGAGGAACCAAGAGCUGGAUUACUGGCUGGGACAAACACAGAUCUUCAGAUAUUCAGGUUACAAACGUGCUGCGGGAGGUGCAGUUACCGGUUGUGAGCAACACAGAAUGCAAUGCAGACUAUAAAGGCAUCAUUACAGACAACAUGAUUUGCGCUGGAAUAAAUGAGGGUGGAAAAGAUGCAUGUCAGGGAGACUCUGGAGGACCAAUGGUCAGUCAGAAUGGCUCUCGAUGGAUUCAGUCUGGCAUUGUGAGUUUCGGUCGAGAGUGUGGACUACCAAGGUACCCUGGAAUUUACACCAGAGUCUCUCAAUACCAAUCUUGGAUCACGUCUGAGUUAAGAACCAACCUGCCUGGAUUUGUCUCCUUCACCUCCACUGAAACACGCUCCAGCUCACCGAGUCUGCUUUCAUUUUACUUUUCUCUCACAUCAUCUCUCCUUCCUCUAAUUUUCUCCUUUUAUCUAUUUUUUUGAAAAAUGUAUGGUUUAUUAAUUAAAUUUUUAAUUUUUUUUACAAAUGUAAUUUUUAUUUAUGCUUUGACGUAUUGAGCACUAAUAAAACAUAUUUAGUACUGUAUAAA